AUGAAACUCCACCACGUUCUGUUCCUCUGCUUCACAUCAGUCUGGAACAGCAUUUCAUUUCUUCCAACUGCAUUUCUCAGUAUUUGUUCAUUAUCUGGUUGUGUUUUUACUAAUAUAUUCACAGCUCCAGGCACUACCAAACCAAACCUGCCUCUCCGGCCUUUAUCCACACCAGUCCCAACAACCUCCACAACACCAACCACACUGGGCUCAAGCUCCAGUUCAGGAAGCUCCACAGGUUCAUCGGUUUCCCCUGAGAGCAGCGAGCAGCCUGCAGCUGCAGCUCAAACCACUUCAAAACCUUCAUCAACACCAGUCCCACCAACCUCCACACCACCAACCACACUAGGCUCAGUCUCCAGUUCAAAAAGCUCUGCACCUUCAUCAGUUUUCCCUGAGAGCACCGAGCAGCUGGCGGAUACAGCUCAGCCCACUUCAAAACCUUUAUCCACACCAGUCCCACUAACCUCCACAACACCAACCACAUUGGGCUCAAGCUCCAGUUCAGGAAGCUCCACAGGUUCAUCGGUUUCCCCUGAGAGCAGCGAGCAGCCUGCAGCUGCAGCUCAAACCACUUCAAAACCUUCAUCAACACCAGUCCCACCAACCUCCACACCAGCACCAACACAGGGUUUAAGCUCCAGUUUGGGAUCAUCCACACCUUCAUCUGUUUCCCCUGAAGUCACUGCCCAACCGACAGCCUUCUCCUAUGCCCCUUGGCCAGGUUACUUCUUCCCUCUGGUUGCAUGUGUGACCCCAGUGGGUGUGUUCCUGUUGGCUGCUUUUCUGUGGCUCCUCUACAAAAGGAAGACAAGGAGCAAACAACAGACUUAGUGAGAUGCAGCCACUCAGUAUUGUGCACGCCAGCUGUGAACCUUCCAGGUGCCCCCCUUCCCCUGUUGCCUGAAGGCGUGUCUAGAUUCCACAAUAAAUACAUCCAUUCAUGAGCCAUUCCUUGAUUUGCCCAGUGUCACCAUUAGAUGGCGUGUGACUGCCUGAAGGACAAUACUCACACUGCAGAGUCCUGGUUUUGUUUAGGCCAUGGUUUAUACAGUAUGUCUGCCCAUAAUCCUUAUGGUACA